AUGGGGCCGAAAAGAGUCGCUGUGCUCUACCAAGCCAUAGAUCCUCCUGCCAUCAAUGGUGUACGCAAGCCGAUGAAGCCUGGUGGAUACCGCGACUCAGGAGCCGACAUCGCCUUCAAUCUCCAAGCCAGCAAGUCUGUCGACGCAAUCACUCCAAUUGCGGCACCAUCGCCAGAUAAAGAUACCCAGUGGUGCCUUCCGGAUACCGAGGAAGGGAUCCUGGACGCCGUCAACAAGGGAGCAACCCAUCUCUGGGCCAAUACAAUCUUAUUCGCAUCUCAUCCAAUACAGACUUCCGGGUCCCUCGAAAGCGUCCAAGAUACACUCAAAGUUAUCGGGCAUGGGCCUCUUGUAGUUGAAAAGUACGAUGACAAGGAGUAUGUAAAUGACUUACUACGCAGCAUCGGCGGCUUUACGAUGCUUCGCUCCUGGACAAUCCACUCCGGCCCGGCAGCGGAAAACAAGCUUGAGCAGCUCAACCUGCCAUUUCCGAUCGUCGCAAAGCCCAUCCGCGGACGGGGAAGUCACGGCGUUCGAGUUUGCCAAAAUCUAGAGGAACUCGCCGCUCACACCAAAGUCCUCUUCCAAGAAUCGCCGAGCAUCAUGUUGGAAGAGUACCUCUCUGGCGAAGAAGCCACAAUCACAGUGAUGCCUCCGAAUGGAGAGAAGAAGGAUUACUGGUCCUUGCCCAUCGUCACCCGCUUCAAUCACCAAGUUGGAAUUGCGCCUUACAACGGCGUGGUAGCGGUCACUACCAACUCGAGGGUGAUAACAAAGAAGGAGGAGGAGGAUCCUGCGUAUGGACGGAUUACGAGGGAGUGCGAGGCAGCAGCGAGGGUAUUAGGUGUCGCGGCUCCCAUUCGCAUCGACGUCCGACGUUUUCCUGGAAUUUCUGGGUCCAAUUUUGCUUUAUUUGACGUAAACAUGAAGCCAAACAUGACCGGUCCUGGACGGCCUGGGCGAGAUGACCAGGCGAGUCUCACGCUUCUGGCAGCUGAAAAGCUGGGCUGGGACUACCCAGAGCUGUUGAGGCAGGUGCUGAACACAUCGUCGACUUUGAAGGCGCUGAGGGAGUUGAAGCCUAGGGAUAAAUAA